ACAAAAAUUAAAUACGCUUCGAAAACGACAAAGAUUUAGGGCAGGAGGAGUCCAUUUUUCCUGACGCAUCCCUGCACAAUACGUACUUCGGAAAAUAUAAUUCCGAUAUGUGUUUGUUAUUGAUUUUAUGAAGGAAAACUUUGACAGCGUAUAAAAUUUAGUUAGCCGUAAAAAAAAUCAAAACAUAUACCAUAUAUCAUAGGUAUGUUCUGAAAGCGUAAUUUCAGUGUCAUUUUUUAUGGUUAUUAUCAAUUAAUUGUGAAGCAAAAAGUCGUAUGAUCGCAGUGAGUAAGUCACCGUGUAAAUAUAAACAAUCAGUGGUGAAAAACCUGAAGCUACAAGUUCAGGGAAAUAAGAGAAAUUAGAAGAUGAAUAAGCGCGAGGAUUCGUCAUCGAUUUCUUCCAACUCCUGGAUUUCCUUCGGAACUCCAGUCGAGGAUGAAGAGCAUUUGAAAAGUUCUCGCUCACCUCGGCGCAGCUCAUCUUCCGAAAAUCCAAAACUCACACCCUUUAAGCUGCGACACUCUUACGGCAUUAAUCCACGAGUUCCACUUGUCAACUUAACAUCCCAGGACCGAACUCUAAUCGCUUAUGCCUGCUCGCAUGCCACCGCAUUGUACGAUUACACAUCCAGGGAUAUGCAUCUCCUGCAGGGACACCAAAAUUAUGUGUCAAUGAUAUCUACAGAUACAGAAGGAAAGUGGUUACUGACUGUUGAUUCCGGGAAGGAUAACGUUGUUAUUAUUUGGGACACGGAAACGAGAGUGCCAAUAUGUACGCUGUUCAAUCCUCACGGCAUGGAAGAACUACUGGCAGCCAAACUGAGUCCAAAUGCAAAGUACAUUGUGACCAUAGGAAAUGGGAUAGAAAUGACGAUAAAGUUCUGGUUGUGGUCGUAUGGUCGCCAUGAAUCCGAUGCCACUGCCGUUUUAACCGGUCUUGGGAACGACAGAGUGAAAGAAAUUAUUUUCAACUCCGAAUUUUCUAAUCAUUUUCUACUUGGCUUGGAAAGUAAUCUCGUAUUUGUUACGUGGGAUAAUCAAAUGUUGAACUGGAAAAUAGCGAAAAUUAACGGCGAUGCCGGGCGAUUAGGACUCUUUAACGUUUCUACGUACAUCAUGAAAACUCAUCAAGUCUGGACGGGUACUAGCAACGUGUCGUAGUCGUCGGCAAUGUUCUGGGUCAUAUCAAGUUCUACGACAAUCAAUUGCGGCUGAUAUUUUGCUGUCAGAAAUUUGGUCUCGAUAGAAUUACUGCAAUCUCUUUUCAUCUCAACUCUCGCCGGAAGGCUCCUAUUGAAGUAACAAGCGAAUCGUUCGUGGUUUCCUCGACCAGUACUCUCGACCGUACUGAAAAUUCUGAGGAUGACGUUGAUAAUGAAGAAAUGGAUGGCGAGCCGCCUUCGGAUGAUCAAAGUAGAGGACCUGCCC